AUGUCGGUCCUUGGGAGGCGUGGAGCGCGCGAGCUCCGCUCAUUAACAACUUUCAAUCCCGUGGCUGCGGGUGCUCUACGGCCUUUCUCCGUCCUCAACCGCCCGCCACCGAACUAUCCCGGCCAUGUGCCAUUGACGACUAUUGAGCGCGGUGCUCUGGCGGUGGGGUCGGCGAUUGGGUCUCUGAUCAACCCGAGAAGGGCAGAUCUGAUUGCCGCACUUGGCGAAGCCACAGCAACACCCUUCUUUAUCUACCGGCUCCGCGACGCCAUGCUCUCCGAUCCCACCGGCCGCCGCAUUCUCCGCGAGCGACCACGCAUCACCUCCGAAACCCUACAAAUGUCGCAUCUGCGUGCACUCCCUGAGAACUCGGUGGGACGUACGUACGCCAAAUGGCUGGACCGCGAGGGCGUGUCACCGGACACGCGGGACCAAGUACAGUACAUCGACGACGAGGAGUGUGCCUAUGUCAUGCAGCGGUACCGCGAGUGCCACGACUUCUAUCACGCGGUGACAGGGCUCCCGAUCUUCGUCGAGGGUGAACUGGCGCUCAAGGCGCUCGAGUUUCUCAACACGCUGCUCCCCAUGACGGGGCUGAGCCUCUUCGCCUUUGUGCGCAUGAAGCCCGCCGAAAAGGAGCGGUUCCUCUCGCUGCAUCUGCCCUGGGCUGUGCGCAGUGGGUUGUCUUCCAAGGAGAUGAUCAAUGUCUAUUGGGAAGAGGUGCUGGAGAAGGAUGUGGACGAGUUGAGGGCUGAGUUGAAUAUCGAGCAGCCGCCCGAUCUGCGCGAUAUCCGGAAGAUGAUGCGGCAGCAACAGAAGCGCGAGAAAGAGCGACAGCAGCAGAUGUCGGGUUGA